UCUCCCCCGACUCACUUCUUAUCUACCAUAACCUCUUCCCCACUCUCUCCUUUAAUUCUUGCUUUCCUUUGUUAUCCCUCUGUCAGAUUUUCCUGGAGAAAUAUCAGAGAGUAGUCUUUACCCUGUUAAGUGGCAGAAAAUUUCUUCCUUUCCUUUUUGUUCUUCUGCAACUUUUGCCAACAAAAAUUUCUCUUCUUUUUUCUUUUUCUCUCUCUCCGUACUACUUAUUUUAUCAUAUCUUUACUUGGAAUUUAUCUUCCUUUGAUGAACUUUUGAGUAUGCCUUUGAACCGAUAAAUGGUGGAUUUCUCUCCAUUUCAAGCUUCUAUUUAACGUGUUCUUUCUUCAGUUUUUUUCCCUUUUUAACCCUUUAUUCCCUCGUGUCUGUUUUAAAGGAAUCUCUUCUUUUUCCCUUCCCCUUUUUAUUUUACUCUCAAUGAUAAGUGGAAGAAUCUGAAAACCCAGAGCGAAGAUUGAGAGAAAAAUGGAUAUUUGCCCUGUUCCUUCAAUCAAAUAUGCAGAACCCAGCCAUCAAACCAUGCUCCUUCCACCAUUGUUAAAUAAUAGACUCGGAAAUCAGCCAGAAGUGAAGCCUCGAAUCGUCCGGAUAACAGUUACUGAUGCUGACGCGACUGAUUCCUCCAGCGAUGAAGAAGAAAAACGAAGAACGCGAGUUUGUUCCCGGAAGAACAGAGUCAAGAAAUUUGUUAACGAGAUAACUAUCGAGUCAUCAUGUCCCACUGAGAACGAUAUCGUUGGGAGAAGCAAGUCAUCGUCUUCAUUUUCAAGAGCUUCUCGAAAAAGGGCAGCGUCUGUUGCUGAGGCUAAAGGUAUAGCGCCGGCGAGAGUACCAUCGAGGAAGAAGUUCAGAGGGGUAAGGCAACGACCGUGGGGAAAAUGGGCGGCUGAGAUUAGAGACCCUAUAAGACGUGUACGGCUUUGGUUAGUCACCUAUGACACUGCCGAAGAGGCGGCAAUUGUUUAUGACAACGCGGCUAUUCAGCUGCGUGGAGCAGACGCGCUCACCAACUUUUCGACUCCUCAACAAAAGUCGUCGGUUCGAGAUAAAGCCAGCCAAAAACCGUUAUCCAACUCAGAUUACAACUCCGAGGAAGAAUCUCAUAAAACUGUUCCCAGUUCUCCGACUUCCGUUCUUCGCUGCCACUCGCUUUCGGCCUCCGAAGCCGACUUUCAAAGCGUCAAAGAAUCGCGUGAAACCGGAAGCGAACUUCGAGAUGUCGUCGACGAUUCUUGCUGCAUAUCGGGAGAUAACUUGUCAUAUUUCUCCGACUAUUCCUCUUUGUUUCCCGGUGACAUGUUUUGUUGGGUGCCGGAUUUUUUGAAAGAUGAGUUCGGGGACGGAUUCUUGAACUCGUGCGGGGAUUCCGAGUUUGGAUUUGGUGGUUUACCCAGCUUCCAACACGUUGAUGAUCAUUUCCAAGAUAUAGGGGAUUUGUUCGGGUCGGAUCCUCUGCUAGCUAUUUGAGAGAUUUUUCAUUUGUUCUUAUUUUGGUUUA